GUUAAGGAUGGUCCAUGUGAUGGGGGAUGCCGGCUGCUGGCUCCUGCUCGGGCUCACCCUGCUCCCCAUCGCCGUGCUGGGCUCCCAGGACGAUGGGAAGGUGAUCCACAUCAGCCGGGUGCAGCACCAGGCGGUGCGUGUGGGGCUGGGGGAGCCCGUGGCGCUGCCCUGCCUCUUCCUUCUGCAACCCUCCGCCUCGCUGGGCCCCAACGAGCCCCCCGACCCCCCUCGGGUCAAAUGGAGCAAGGUGCGCUCGGCCAGCGGGCAGCGCGAGGACGUCCCCAUCCUGGUGGCCAAGGACAACGCGGUGAAGGUGGUGAAAGCCUACGAGGGCCGCGUGUCCCUCCCCGGUUACGCCCGUGACCGCUACAACGGCACGCUGCUGCUGCGUGCCGCCCGCGCCAGCGACGCGGGGCUGUACCGCUGCGAGGUGGUGGCCGGCAUCGAUGAUGAGCAGGACCUGCUGCCCCUCGAGGUGAUGGGUGUCGUCUUCCACUACCGCCCCGCGGGCGCUCGCUAUGCGCUGAGCUUCGCCGCCGCCCAGCGCGCCUGCAUGGACAACUCGGCCGUCAUCGCCUCUCCCCAGCACCUGCAGGCCGCCUUCGAGGACGGCUACGACAACUGCGACGCGGGCUGGCUGGCCGACCAGAGCGUGCGGUAUCCCAUCACACUGUCCCGACCUGGCUGCUACGGGGACCGCAACAGCCUCCCCGGGGUGCGUAGCUACGGCCAGAGGGAGCCCGGCGAGCUGUACGAUGUCUACUGCUACGCACAGGAGCUGCAAGGGAAGGUGUUCUACGCCACAGCCCCAGGGCGCUUCACCUUGCCGGCGGCACGAAGGCACUGCCGGGGCCGCGGGGCUGCGUUGGCCACCACGGGGCAGCUGUACCUGGCCUGGCGUGAGGGCCUGGACCAGUGUGACCCGGGCUGGCUGGCGGAUGGCAGCGUCCGGUACCCCAUCCUGGCUCCUCGCAGGAAGUGCGGCGGCGAGGCGCCGGGCGUCAGGACUCUCUACCGCUUCCCCAACCGCACCGGGUUUCCCCCGCCCGCCUCCAAGUUCGACGCGUACUGCUUUAAAGGGGACACGGCGGGUGCUCCCGAUUCCACCGCAGAGCAGAGGGCACCGGAGCCGCUGGGCAGUGACAACGUGCUGGUGGAGCGCGAGGACAUGGCCACCUCCGGGGACCGCGGAGCCGGCGUCCUGCCGCAGCUGGGGGCCGCAGGGCCGGGAGGUGCCGAGGACGAGCAGCUGCAGUUGGCAAGCAGUGUGACAGCAGCGUGGCGCGGUGACAUCCCUGGGGGCAACAGCACGGCCUCGCCAUCCUCCCCAUCCUCACCGGUGUGGCCACAUGAGGACGAAGCCCUCAAUGUGGUGGACCAGGCGCUGCUGGGCUCCCUGCAGGAGCCACUCAGCACCAGCCCGGCACCGGCACCGCGAGAAAUCCCUGACCCCUCAGAGCCCAUGUUCACCUUGCGUCCGCAGACCCAAAGUCCAGCCCAGGAGGUCACCAGCUUGUCACCAGCACCAUCGGCCUUGGGGACAGUCCCCAGCGUGGCAGCAGAAACCCCCAGCACCCCACGCACCCCAAAACAGAGCAGCUACGCUGGGCUGAACGGGCGCUACUUCCAGCUGCAGCAGCAGAGCCGGGACCCCUUGGUGUCCCAGGACCCCACAGUGGCUGAUGACCACACAGUGGCUGGGGACGCAGCAGGGUCAGUCACCCAGGCCCCCAUCCUGGCCCUGGAGGUGAAGGAGGCUGCAGCCAACACAGUGGAGAUGUGGAGCAUCACCCGUUCCAGUGCAGAGAGCCCCCAUAGAGGGGGUCCCUACCCGCUCUCCAAUGAGGUGGAAGAGGAGAUUGGCCACAAGCUGAUGGCACCAUCCACCACCCCUGUGCCACCCUCACCGAGGGAUUUGCCACGGUGGAACCCCCCUACAGCCCUGCAUGGUCUCGAGGGGCCUGCACGGACAUCCCUGCCAUCGUCCCCACCCGGUUCCAUGGCUCCCGGUGACGCUCCCCACCACCAGGACAUCAGCACUGGGGAGGCUCAGCCCCGCGGUGACUCCCCUCAGCCGCCUGCAGAUGCCACCGAGGACUUCUCCGGGGACGCUGCCCCCAAGGAGGAUGACAGCCCCAUCCUGCCAUGGCCCCCACUGCCCCCAGCCCCACUGGUGGCUGAGGGCCCUGGAAUGGCUGCACAGCCCAGCAGUGACAGCAGUGGGGCCCUGACUGAUGGCUCGCUGGAGAGGCAGAGGAAGGCAGUGGCCUUUGUCUUCCCACCCAUGGGGCUCCCCAGCAGCCUCAGCCCCACUGCAGUGUCUUCUUCCCAUCCACAGAGUGGGCUGAGCCCCACAGCCCCCCAGCGGGCACCCGAAAUGGGGACUGAGCCUGUCCAUGAGCACCUGGAUGUGGGGAUGGGACCGCGGGACGAGGCAGCUGUCACCCCAGUGGUUCCAGACGUCCCCUCGACUCCCCCCACGGACAUCGAGGUGACCCCACGGCUGGGCUCUGAGCCGCCGGCGGAGGGCAGCGGGCAGGUGGGGGACGGCCCCACAACUGCCCCACAGCACCUGAACCCCUCUGCGCCGGGGCUGGAAGAAGAGGAGUAUCCCCCGCACCCCCAGGUUCCCCAACAGCCCCCCAGUCCCGGUGAGGAGGACGCCUCAGGGGAGGCAAAGAGCGAACCCCCCCCCAGCACGGCCACCCACUCCCCAGCACCCCCUGACACCCAUUGGCCGUCACCCACCGCCCCCCACCCAUGGGUGUUGGGGGGGCUUGAAGCCCCAAGUGCGGGGCCGCUCUUUGAGCCCACCACGCCGGGGGGGCCUGGGGGGGUCCUGCUGCUGGAUACCGACAGUGGGAGCGGCGAGGAGCCCGUGCUGGAGGAGCGGGAGCUGCUGGUGUGGGCAGAUGCCAGCAAUGGCAGCCAGCAUGCUCUGGCCGACCCCUGCCAGACCAACCCCUGUCUGCACGGUGGGACCUGCCACGCCAACGGCUCCGUCUGCAGCUGCAGCUGCGCCCCGGGCUUCACCGGGGAGAAUUGCGAGAUCGACAUCGAUGACUGCCUGUCGAGCCCCUGCCAGAACGGUGGUACCUGCAUCGAUGAGGUCAACGCCUUCGUCUGCCUCUGCCUGCCCAGCUACGGCGGCAGCCGCUGCGAGAAAGACACGGAGGGCUGCGACCACAACUGGCACAAGUUCCAGGGCCACUGCUACCGCUACUUCUCCCGGCGGCGCUCCUGGGAGGACGCAGAGCGCGACUGCCGCCGGCGAUCCGGGCACCUCACCAGCAUCCACUCACAGGAGGAGCACGGCUUCAUCAACAGCUUCGGGCACGAGAACACCUGGAUCGGGCUCAAUGACAGGAUCGUGGAGCAGGACUUCCAAUGGACGGACAACACCGGCCUGCAAUACGAGAACUGGCGGGAGAACCAACCCGACAACUUCUUUGCGGGCGGCGAGGACUGCGUGGUGUUGGUGUCCCAUGAGAUCGGCAAGUGGAACGACGUGCCCUGCAACUACAACCUGCCCUACAUCUGCAAGAAAGGCACAGUGCUGUGCGGGCCCCCCCCGGAGGUGGAGAACGCGUUCCUGGUGGGGAAGAAGAAGGAGCGGUACAGCAUCCACUCGAGCGUGCGCUACCAAUGCGAGGACGGCUUCACCCAGCGCCACGUCCCCACCAUCAGGUGCCACAGCAACGGCAAGUGGGACCGGCCCAAACUGCUCUGCACAAAACCCAGGCGGUCGCACCGGGCGCGGCGGCACCACCGGCACCGCCACAGCCACCAGCACCACCAGCACCACCACCACAAACCCCGCAAGGAGCGACGAAAACACCGCAAGCACCUCCGGCUGGACUGGAUGGAGGAGGGCCACUACUUCUAGGGCCGGGGGGGGCAGCGAGCGCGCGGGCCCCAGGCAGCCCAGGAACAGCCGUCCAUGGGACGGGACGCGGUGACGUCCCCUGACCCCCUCC